AUGGAAAAUCAAUUCAAUGCGAAAUUAGAAUGCGUCACGGAUUUUAGCUUAUUUGAAAAAUUAAAAAAAUCUAUCUUAAAGGACAAUGUGGGCGAUCUGUACAUAUCUUCGUUAAGAUCCAUUUUGGAAAAGAUAAAGGACCCAGUUGUUGAUACGAGUCAUAUCAUUUGCAAUCAUCACUAUGCAGAAGCGGUUCUCUUUUUUUACGCGACUUUAAUUAUUGAAAAAUAUGAAUUUGUUUCUGUCUUUUGUGAAGAUAUACUUUCAAAGAACCGAUUUGAACAUGUAGUGGAAAAUUUAAAAAGAAUAAAAGUGAAACAUGUGGAAAGUUUGAACAAGAUAGAAAAAAUAAUUAUUGAAAAUAUAGACACCUGUGAAAAAUGUUUGAUGAUUUAUUAUCUGUUGCAGAAGGAAUUCUUAGAAAUGAUAUCCACGUUUAAAAAAAAUGAAGAAGCAUUAAUAAAUUUCGUGAAAAGAGAAAUUUUCAAAUUCAAUUUUAAUCGACUCUUUAAUAAGAUAAUUUGUCCUAUCGAAUAUGACAAGGUCGAUUCUGUUGUGUUAGAGCUUAUGCUAAAUGGGGGGAAAAUAUUUCAAGUGAAUGAUAAUUACCAUUUGGAGACGAACCAAAUAAAUGAAGAAAAUCUGAAAUUAUUUACAGAAAAAUUUUUAAAUUUAAAGGAUGACACUAUAUAUAAUAUUAUAAAAAAGUAUGCUCAUCAUGAAUCGCUAAUUUUUCUUUGCAAUCUUGUCCAUAUGGAAUUUAAAAAGUGUAAAAAAUUGUUAACAAUAGGGAAUAGUCAAAUGUGUAAGAAGAUAGAUUCUCCAAAGGAUGACUUAAAUUGCAAGGAGAAGGAAUCUGAAGAGAAUUGGGAUAGCUAUAACAUGACAGAAAAUUUGCAAUCCUAUGUGUAUGUACAUAUAUUCCUCCUUUUCCAACAUAGGGAUGUGGAAAAUAGCAUAAUAAAAGUUCUGAAGGAUAAAAUAAUCCUUUACUCUUUAAUGCUGAACGCGCUGAGAUAUGGAGAUAAUUUUAUCCAGUUGAUAAUUUUCAAAAUUAUAAAUUUUACCUUUAUAAAGGACGACAACUUUUUAAAUGAUUCAAAUAAAAAAUUGAUAAUAUCUAUUUUGUCCUACUGGGUAAAGCUAGCAGACGCUUGUAUUAUUAAAAUGAUGAAAACGAGUUUACCUGAGGAGGGAAAUGUCGGCUCGAAUGUUCAAAAGACUGACAAUUUCUUUUUAAAAAAAAAUUUUUCAGACUAUGAUAUAUUGAAGUAUAUACAGUGCUUAAUCAGUGCAAUAUAUUUGCUAUCCCUUAUUAGGAGGAGGAGCAAAACGGAAACAUGUAAUUUGUUAUCGGAACAAUCAUGUGUGCAAAAGAAUAAGCGCAGUAUGACCUUUUAUAUGAAUGAAUAUAAUUUAGAGAGCUUAUCUUUGAAGGCCUUUUUUACAAAAAAUGACAUGUAUGAAUAUUUCUUGGGUAUCCUAUUUUCAGAAAAUAAAGAAGUAAUAAAUAGGUUAUUUAAUUUAAUAUUCAAGUUGUUGUACUUUGUAAAAAAUUCCAAGUUGUACAUUUCGAAAAAUACCAAUGUGAAGAAUAAAUAUUUUGAGGAAGCCACUACAUUUUCUUGCAUAAAUAUUGUAUACAACAUUUUGGACGCGACGAAAAGAAUGUUUGUGAAUUCGUAUGAAGUCGAUGAGUAUACAAAAAAUUUGUACAGAAAAUGUCUGAGAGAGAGAAAAAAUGCUUUUGAUUGCAUUGUUUUGCAUUCCUUUCCGCAAUUUAUUAGCUACAGGGAAUACUACGUUCGUUUGUACGUAAUUAAGGUUUUGUCGACCCUUUUGUCUGAUUCGUCCAUUCGGGAUUCAUUGGAGAAGAAUACCAUUUUUGAAAUCUUCGAUUCGCUGAUGAGCAUGAAGUUCGAUAGGGAUCAACAAAAAAGGAAUGAUGAGAGGAAGAACGUAAAUAUUUUGCUCCUACAUCUGUUGAAGGCAAAUAUAAGAGAUAGUAAAUAUUCCAGUAGAACGACAAAUAUACUAUUUAGUGAUAAACAGAAAGAUGUUAAGAAGUACAUUGCAUCCAUCUGCGAUGAUGGUUUCCCUCUUCUAGAUUUGAAAAACAUGUUUGAAUAUAUUUUUGUCUUGUUUGUAAAAUUAACCAACAUCAUUGUAAAAAGGGUGUUGUCCCUUUUGGAGAUAGAAAAGUAUAAAGUGCUAUUUAUGAAUGUCUUUGAAAUUGUAGAAUUGUUCAUGAAAGAAUUAAAGAAAGAGAAAAGCAGAAAAUGCAGGUGCCUUUUUUUCUCCACAGCUAUGUAUUUCUCGCAUCUAAUUUCGAAUAGCAUAUAUAAGUCUAAGGUGCAUUCUUCGGUUCCCUUUCUUAAUAAGGUUUUUAGCUUAAUUAAAAAUAUUGAAAAUUACGUAGAUUUCAUGUAUGAUGAUUUGCUUACGCUUAAAGAUUCUCAGGAGGAGUUGUUCGAUGCGAAAACGUAUGAAGAAAAACUAUCUCUGGACGGAACGUAUGAUGAGGGGAUAACUGGAGAGGGGGUGUUUGACGAGCCAUUAUCAGAUGAUGAGGUGUAUUAUUCUAGUGAUUCAAAUUCGAAGAGCAUCAAGGAUAUGCACAUGCUCUAUUUUUACAGUAAUACGUUUUGUGAGGACGAAAAGGGCGGAGGGAAGAAGGGAGUAAUUGGUGCUACUCCGGAUAGAAACAGCAGGAGCAAUCGGAUCGACAGUGCCAAUGGGGGUAUGGUGCAUCAUGUUAAUAAGGAGGGUGUGAAGAAGUCCAAUUCCAAUGGAUUAAGCAGGUUCGAAGUUUUCAUGAACAGGUCCAUUAGGAAGAGCAAAGUAAACGAAAAAGGGAUUUAUAAUUACAUGCACAGUUUUUUUUUUCUAUGCGUAAGUAAUGCAAGUAUGAAAACUAGAAGGCAUGUGGUAAAAUCAUACGAUCUGAUCGCGAAGUAUAUGAUGAAGGAUGAAUAUAAGUUAAAUAGAGUUAAAAAGAAAAGUGGAAUUUUUUCUCCACCAGUUGUAAUUAUUAGAGAUGUAGAGAACGAAGACAAAAGGUAUAAUAUAACAGUUGAUAAAUAUGAUUACAUGUUAAAAAGCUACAUAGUGAACUUUUUCCAGUCGAAAAGGUACAUGUACAUUUUUUUAUUGUCAGUAUUCCAGUUUAGUAAUAUAAUGAUUUUGUAUUUAAAAAAGACAAAUUUCAUAAGCAACGAUUUUGAUGAAAAAAUUGAUGUGCUAGAAUGCUUCACGCUGAUAAACUCCAAGACUUGGUUUUAUCUGAAUGUGGCUAUUGAAUGUGUAGAAAAAUAUAUAAACAAGAGAAAAGCGAAUCAGUUUCUACUUGGAAUCCUUAAUUUAAUAAUAGAUAAUUUGUGGAAAAUUAUAAUAUUUAUUAUUUUUAAUAUAAAAAUAAAAACUUUUUCGAUAAAGUCAAAGACGCAUUCUAUACGUAUUUUCUCAAGAGACUCCUUGUUAUUAUUUCUGAACUUUUUUUCCACCUGGAUUUCUUUCAUCAGAAAAUUUUAUACAAGAGGGGAUCCUUUUUCCUCGGAUGUUAUACUACCUGAAUUAUUCUUCAGAAAAUUUACCACUCUCUCAAUGCAAAUUUUAAGCAUCUUCAAUUUUGUCGAAUCCAAUUUGUCUUCACUUAGUCACCAUGAAACGAAUGCUUCAUUGUUAAUAAAGCAGAAGGAAAUUAUGAACAGCAUCUUAGAUGCACUGAUAGGUCUAGUAAAAGAUAAAGAACCCGGUGGGCAUGAAAGCCAUUUGCAUAAUCUUAUCCAGUUUAAAUUAAAAUUGAAGAAUUUGGCUACGCCUAUAUAUGUCCAGGAACUGACUGAGGCCUGCGACUAUGAAGCAUUGUUUACUAAAGCGAAGGAAAUGUUAAUGGGUAAGGAGAGAAGGAAUGAUCUAUCCAUUACAGGACUGGAGACCGCAGAAGGAAGAAGAGCAACUUAUCUUGGUCCCAACGGAGAGAAUCUAGCAAACAAUAGCGACCCCAGCUGCAAAGUGGUGAAUCGGUCCGGACAAGAAUAUAACUCGGAUGGAUUUACAUUUGACAAGGGGAAGGAGUUUGAAGGAGGAAGAUCUAGAUCAGCGAUGGGAGCAACAUCAGAAGUAGCGUCAAGAGGAAUGUCCAGAUCGGCAUCGAGGUCUCACUCCCCCUCUAACAGCCUUAGUUCAAAGGAUGGAAAAUGCAAACAAGUUGAAGGAAAAGAAAAGGAACCCAAAGUGGAGUACAUGUCAGAGGAAAUGAGAAAAGAAGCAGCUUUAGAGAGGGCCAAAAAAAUUUUAGAAAAAACAGCUGCCUUGAAAACGCAGAAGAGAGCAAUAGUACUGAAUGAAACAAAUACGAAGAAUAACAAACAUGAGUAUUUUAAAGAGAUGAAGGAGAAGAGACUGGAAGCAGAGAAUAGUAUGAAUAAGUAUUAUGGUAUGUUGCAGGAGUUCCUUAAUUGGGAUUUUAGCUCUUUGGAAAGUAUGUUGAAGUAUAAAAUGUGCAUUAAUGAGGAGAUUCCUUUGCACUUCCAGGAUGAGGAAGACUACUACAGAGUUUUUAAACCAAUGGUUCUGGAAGAGUGUAGGUGUUGUAUGAUUAAUAAAAUGUCGGGAAGAACAAACAGAUACGUGCUAAAUUUAGUUGCGAAGAAGAAAACUUCCUACUGGAUAGAAUGGCAGAUGUCAUUAGGAAAUGAGAACAAGGCAAUCGAUGAUAGUUUGAAGCCAAUGGACUUGAUUGCCUUAAUUCCAUUCGAAAGUGAGAGAAACGUUUUGCUGGAUAAUGAUAAGGGUACUGUUAAAUAUCAUAACUUGAAGAAAAUAUUAAAGAGCAAUAAACAUUUAAUAGGGUUGGUAGAUUUUUCCAUGAAUAAAACGGAAAAUAUGUGUGAUGUGAAGUUAAUGAAUGAAGAUAUUCUUAUCCAGAAAUCGGAAAAUGAAAAAAAUAGAUUAAAAUUAAAUUGUCUUACAUGUAAUAAAUUCAAUGCCUAUUUCUUGUGUAACUUAAUGACAAAUAUAAGAGAAUUUCAGAGUGUUUAUUUGAGUAGGAAUUCCUCUCUAUUUAACAUAAUUCUAAACCCUACCUUAUGUAAUAAAAAUUUGAAGGGCAGAAGAAACAUGUCCAUUAGUAAUGCUUUCUUGAGUGAAGAAAAUACGCGAGGAAGUGACAUGUGGACAAGUAAGUUAAGUAGCAUGGAAAAGUAUAUAUUGAAUAUUAUGAAAAAUUAUAAUUUAUUAAAUGAAUCACAAAUAGAGGCGAUUAAAAUGGUUUUGCUAAAUAAGAAUAGCAUUUCAUUAAUACAGGGCCCACCAGGUACAGGGAAGACGAAAACAGUUAUUGGAAUUAUAUCGGCGUUGUACGCAAUUAUUAAUAGUAGGAAUAAUGAUGAAAAAAGACAAGUAGGAAAAAAAAAGAAGGAUUGUGCUUAUAAUGAUCAGAACGAAAAUUGCAAUAAAAAAAUUUUGGUUUGUUCUCCUUCCAAUUCUGCAAUCGAUGAAAUUGCCAAGAGGAUUCUAAAUGAUGGAUUAAUAAAUUUUGCCAAUAUGCGUAGAUCAACAAGUAGUAGCAAAAAGAGCAGUGGCAGUAGCAGUAGCAACAACAGCAUAAGCAUGAGCAACACCAUGGGCCUAUUGGGGGGGCAUGGCCAUGUGAACGGUGUAUCUGACCCAAAGAUGAAGAAAAUGGUGGAGGCUCAAAAUGCACAAAAAAGAGUGAAAAGCGGGAAUGCAGAGGAAAGGCGUACUAGGCAUGGAGACUUGGAAAAACAAACCAUCACUCCCAAAUGCAUCAGAAUAGGUAUAUCGAAAAAGACACAUGAAGAAAUACAACCCAUUUCACUAGAUUAUAUAUUCAGUAGGAGAAAAAAUAUGGAAAAGAACGUGUACGAAACGCGUUUUAAUGAAAAAAAAAAUAAAAUGAUCCUUUCUCUUAAGGCGAUUGAUCACACAUGUAGCAGAGUGGAAGAAUUGAGAGGCAAAUUAAAUCACAACGAUUCUAAGAAGUACUGCUUCGACUUUAACGAAACUAAGUCGAAAUCAUCAUCACUUGAAAAAAUUGAAAAUGUAAACGAUUUUUUUUCAGAAGAAAUUAUAAACAAUGUAGAUAUAAAAUAUUUAGAAAAAUUAUUAUAUCUAUUUAAUGAAUCUUUUUCUCAUUACGAAUGGAGUUUGGAAAAACUGAAAGGAGAAAAGAAAUGUUUUGAGGAGAAGAAAAGAAAACUGAUAGAUACGGACAAGGAAAUAGGUUCCUUCUAUGCAAAUAGUAAUAAAGACAAUAUGGUUUUCGAAAGUGAAGUGAUAUUUAGCACCCUGUCAGGUAGUGCAUCUCCCGUAAUUGAGAACUUAGACUUUGAAUAUUUAAUAAUAGAUGAAGCUUGUCAAUGUGUGGAAUUAAGUUGUUUAAUACCUUUCAGAUUAAAAAUUAAAAAUGUAAUUAUGGUAGGAGAUCCAAAGCAAUUGCCGGCUACCACAUUUUCGUCUGAUUGUACAAAAUAUGGCUACAGCAGAUCAUUAUUUGAAAGGCUUCUAUUAUGUAAUGCUCCAAGCGUUCUGCUAAACGUGCAGUAUCGUAUGAGGGAACAAAUUUGUUGUUUUCCGAACAUGUAUUUUUACAAGGGUUUGAUAAAAAAUGAUGAAAAUUUAAUGAACAAGCCAUCAUUUUAUUUGCAUUAUUUAAAUCUAUAUGGGUGUUAUAAAUUUAUCAAUAUCGAAGGAAUAGAGUCGACUACAUGCCAUAAAUCAUACAUUAAUUAUGUGGAGGCAUAUUUCAUAUUCAAAUUAGUAUUAUACAUUCACCACUUUUUUAGUAGCAAAAAUGAUGAAAAUCCAAUUCCUAGUUUUUACAAAAUGUCUGCUAAUUUUAGCUUAAGUGACAUAGGAAUUAUUUGUCCGUACUUAUCUCAAGUGCAUUUAAUCAAGAGAAUGUUUGAAGGUUAUUUUCCAUCGAGUAACUCUCCAGAAAUUUCCACAGUGGAUGCGUUUCAAGGGAGAGAAAAGAGUAUCAUCAUAUUUUCUUGUGUGCGUUCAAAUCGUCAGGCGCUGGAAAUGUUUAGAAACAAAGAUGAACUAGAAAGUGGAAGUGUAAAUUCUUAUCCACGUGUCAAAAGGGGCGGUCAUGGUAGUAAUAGCGAUCGUAGUUUGGAUGAUCCUCCUUUUGAAGAUCCCGCUUCGGACGACUCUUAUGUGGACGAGCUGCAUACAAAAAAGUGGUUCAACGUGGGAGGGAAAUCUGUGACAACUGAGAAUGAUUUCAAAUCGGUACAUAAUAUACGUGGAAACAAUAUCGGAUUUUUAAAAGAUGAAAGAAGAUUAAAUGUAGCUCUUACCAGAGCGAAGGAUUGCUUAUGGAUAAUAGGAAACAGAAAAAAUUUAGAAAAAAACGGCAUGUGGGAUUCGUUAAUAAAAAAUGCAAUUGCAAGAAAUUAUUAUUCAGAUUUAGAUUUAAAUUUUGGUAGGAGCACCACAGAGGAAAACAUAAAAGACAUCAUUGAUACUUAUUUUUCGCAAAUUGGUAAAAACAGAAUGGAAGGAAAAAACUGGAAGGAAGAUCAAAAUGACAUAAAUCACGAGAUAUUUAGCUCAUCCAAUUCUUCUGAGGGUAGCAUAAAUGGAUUGAGAAAAAAUAAGGAAAGUCUCUUUAAAGAAAGGAAAGAUUUUGCGCAAGUAAAUUAUAUGCUUGGGACUGAGAACAAAUUGAAAAGCAACAUGGGUGCUAGUACCGUUCCUCAAGGUGAAUUUCUCUUCAGCAUGUCUUAUACUAGUAGCAGAUUUGGAGGAAAUGGCGAAAAUGGAACCAUAAAAAAUGGUAAUAUUGGGAGUAACGUAAGAAAAAGGCCAAACGAUGGAAGCAGAGAAGAUGAGCAGGAGGAACUGUUAUUAAAAAGACAGAGACACAACUAG